GUCAUCAUGUACCGCCGCGGCGAUCCACGCUGGAACCGCACCAUCCAGCACAUCUCAGAGAACAUCGAGCACGCCAACGAAACGGCGGCCGAGAACAUCUACGGCUUCACCCAGCGCUACGUCAACCCGUGCUUCGCCUCCAUCACCAAUUGCUGCAACGCCGCCAUCGCGCCAUGCUUCCCGUCCUCCAACGACCGGCGCCGCAGCCGAGCGCGGUCGCGCGGCCGCGCGGAGCUGAGCUUCGAUUUCUACGACGACUGGGAGGAGGAUGAGAACGACGGCUUGCUGGGCUGGGGAAACGAUAAUCUAGAGCGGUUCCUGGGCACUGCGAGUAACUACGGCGCUACACAGCAGCCGGGGAGACAGCGCGCGAUGAGCUACGGCCAGCGCGCGCGCGAUCCGCGGUUUGAUGCUGCGAGGCGAAAGAGCACUGCGCAAGCGCGAGAGGGCCAGGACCCGACUAUUAUACCUAGUUCGUCAUACUUCGGCUUCCUUGGCCGCCUGCCGUUCAAGCUGGGCGGGAAGGGACUGCGGUACAAGCCGAGUGCGGCGGAUCUCACAGAACACCCUGGCGCGCUAAGAAGGAGCAUAGAGGAAGAGCAACCGCUUAUCGAAGAUAGCGACGAGGACCUCGAGGGGAGCGACUACAAACCCCACCGCCGCGCGCGCAGCAACACCCACACCUCGGGCCACACCACCGACUCCUUUUCCAGCCGGGGCGACAUCUUCCCGUCCGAAGACGAGCUCGACGACGCUGUGCCGCUCGACGACGAGUUCACUAUCGCAUUAGAGCGGAGGACGACGGGGCAGUGGGAGGACAGCGGGAAGAGCAACAACUCUGGAAGCGGGAAGAACACUCGGAGCAACAGCAAGCGCCCGAGUCGGAGCGCGAGCAGCAGGACCGUCAGCAGCGGGAGGCGCAGCGACGAGGAGCGAGGGCAGCGGAAGGCGAGCGCGAUGAUCGAGGAGGUCGACGUACCCACCCUCGACGAGCUAUCGCUCGAGGAAGAGCGUCUCAGGCUCGACGAAGAAGCCGAACUAGAACGCAAAAGAGCUCAAGCACAACAACUCGCCAUCAAGCGUGGCCUAGCUCCCAGCGACUCAUCAACAGCUCGCACGCGCUCACGGUCGCGGAACUCGAAAGCUAGUGAAGAAGCGCAGAUGAGCACGGUGCAGGACACUGUAUCGCCACUGCUCAGAAGCCCAGCGAGCGAAAACUUGAAAACGCCCGAGGACAUCGUGUCGCUUCCUAGCUUUGGCGAACCGACGUCUGGUCUGGAUGAGCAUGUGCGAUUGGAAGAGCAAUUGCCGCCGGAGAGUCCGCGGCCUACGACGGCGGUAAGGAGACGAAGUGACGAGGAGUUUGUGCCUGCGAGGUUACCGCACUUUGGGUGA